AUGGCGGGUGGAGUUGCUGCACCACCUAAGAAGAGGAAAGUUAUUGAUAAAGGCAAGAGUUCCAACGUUGAUAAAAGAUUCUAUAAUGAUGCUGCUGAAAAGACAUCUCAAGUUAGAGAUAAAGUGAUAGACAUGAGCCCUGAUUUGAUUGCAAAAAUUUUGGAAGUACCCCGCCCCUUAAUUUCUGAGAAUACCAUUGUGUAUCCUUAUAAGAAAAAGGAACAAGUCCCUGAAAUUGGGAAGGUUAUUGAUGAAAUUUGUGAUAUCCCUAUUGUUUGGGUGGAUAAGAACACAAAAAUUGGCCAGAAAAACCUUGGUUUAAGCUAUAGGAUGUUAAAUCGUAUAAUUUUGUGUAAUAUCAAUCCUAGAGGACAUAUAGUUGAUUUUGGAUCUGAUAGAGCUCAGCUGCUUUAUGCAAUUGGGACUGGGGUAUGUAUAGAUCUUUCCUUUUACAUAUUCAAUCUUAUUUAUAAUGCAUCUAAAGUGAUGGAUAGAAGGCAAAAUCUUCCAUUUCCCAUUUUGAUUACCAAGAUUUUAAGGCAUAGUGGAGUUGCGUUUCAGCCUAGCGAUGUGGUGAUGCAUGCCAUGAGUUUGAUAAAUGAGGGUACACUGAAAAAGAGUUUGGGUCAGGCUGAGUCUUCUCAUUGCUCUAACUGUGCACCCCCAUCUAGUGGCCAAUCUGAAAUUGUUCAUGAGACCGACACACAUGUUUAG